CAAGAUUAGAUAGUUACAGAUCUCUCUGCAGAUUUCUCUGUUCUUAGUUUCGGUAUGAAUUUGUAAUCGGAUUGAUUCCUCAACAUGAAUCGAACAUUGAAGGAAUCCUUGACCGGCGGUAGGAAUGUAACAGUCGGAUCACUCCAUCGCCGAGGUCCUGUUCAUAAGGAUUCUGACGAUAAACUGGAUCUCUUCGCUAAGAACCGUCGGACUCUCUCCGUUGCUUCCUCUGAUGAAUCCGACAUUUCGGUGAAAUUGGGAAGACUUUCAGUUGGAUCAGUAAAAUUGACUAGGAACGGUGUUGAUGAUAUACUAUCAUCAACUGAUGGUGGUAAACAUGAUUAUGAUUGGCUUCUUACUCCUCCAGAAACUCCUCUUACUUCUUCGGAUGGAUCUGAAACUCGGCCAUCAUUGACUGCUCCAAGAAGAGGUUCCUUGAAUAGAUCAGCUUCCACCGCCAAGACAUCAUCGAGACUUUCGGUAACGCAUUCAGAAAGCAACAACUCUUCCAGACCAGUGAGAAGCAGUUCUGUAACUCGUUCUUCAGUUUCUUAUAACACACAGUAUAAUAAUAGUUCAACUUCAUAUACAAACAAAUCAACCUCAAUCCUCAAUACUAGCUCCUCCUCAGUUUCAUCAUACUCCAGACCAUCAACACCAACUCGAUCCUCAUCAUCUAUUGCAAGACCAUCCACUCCAUCUUCUCGCUCAAUUUCAUCUCGAUCCUCAACUCCAUCAAGAACACGUCCAGGACUAUCCAACUCCUCCUCAUCAAUCGAUAGAACUAAACCAUCCCAAACUUCAAGGUCUCAAAUUCCCGCAAUCACAAACUCUUUAACAACUCGAUCUGUUUCUAGGCCAUCAACACCUACGCGUAGGAAUAUCAAUCCACCACCAUCAACAGCCAAUCUUUUGCCAGCUUCAACAUCAAAUGUGCGUUUUCCAACAUUAUCAUCAUCAUCUCGGCCUAGCUCCCCUAAUAGACAAAAUCGACCAACUGCCCCCUCAUCCCGACCUAGUUCACCAAGCUCACGUCCUCGGCCAACAGUUCCUUUGGUUCUCCCUGAUUUCCCUCUCGACACACCACCCAAUCUUCGUACAAGUUUUCCACCAGAUAGGCCACUUUCUGCUGGUCGAUCCAGACCAGGCUCGGUUGUUACUUCAAAGGUAAAUGUAGAGGCCUCAACUCCAAAUUUAACUAGAAGACAAACAGCAUCCCCUAUUCGUAGGCUCUCUGAACCUAACAAUACGAGAGGACGUCUGCAUGGGCAUGGGCAAGCUACGGAUUCAUUUGAUUCCCACUCAUCUUCGAGGAAACCGAUAAAGAUUUCUUCAUCUACAACAACAUCCAUGGAGAACAAUGGUUUCGGAAGAAACAUCUCGAAGAAGUCGAUGGACAUGGCUAUGAGGCACAUGGAUAUCAGACUAUCAGGCUCGUCGCUAUUCCCUCAGAGCAUUCGAUCAGGCAAUAAUAAUAACAACAAAGGGGGACAGGCAAUUCAUGUUUCAAAUGGAAACUUGUCGUCUCUAUAUGAGAAUGGGGAUUAUGCGAGUUACCGUCAUGAAAAUGGUAAUGGAAACUACGAAAGACUAUCGGUUAGAGCUGAACCUGAAUUUUAUGAGACGUCGCGAUAUGAUGCGAUAUUGCUGAAAGAGGACUUGAAGAACACUAACUGGUUACAUAGCAUUGAUGAUAAGUCUGAUCAAGGUUCCAUCUUUGAUCAUGGUUUUGAGCCUCUCCCUGAACCAUUUGAUCCCUUAUAAUACACCAAGCAAUGAUUAAUGUGAUUUUUUUAUGUUCAUAAUAAUAUGUAUUUAUUAUGUGGUUUCAAUUUUGAAAACCUUUUUUGAAGAU